AUCUGUUAAUGGAGUUUGGAGUAUUCAUUUGCAUUUAACAACCGUUGCUCUUCCUCGUCACUGAUCUUGUACCGAAUUACCGAAACGUCCCCUUCUUCUUGUUCUAACAUAUGAUAAUUUUGCAUGAUGAAUAACAUUAACAAGAGCUAAAAACUUAUAAACAAUUGCAAUUUCUCUCUUCUUUUCUCAUCACUUUGUAUAACUCCAGUUCUGGAAUAAUUUGCAAUCAGCAUGUUCCUUUUAAGGAAGAAAAGCCAGAAUGAGCUGAAGAAUGAUUCCCCUUAUCAAGAUGCAAAGGUUAAUGAACUGAAGGCUUUUAUUGGAACCCUGGCCCUAAGUGAGCGUAGUUUAAAGUACUGCACAGAUGGAUGCCUAAGAAGAUACCUUGAAGCUCGGAACUGGGAUCUCCAUAAAUCCAAGAAAAUGCUUCUUGACUCGCUCAACUGGAGGUCCUCUUUUAAGCCCGAGGAAAUUCGCUGGAGUGAUGUAGCACAUGAAGGUGAGACAGGGAAAGUCUUCAGAGCAAACCUUCAUGACCGAGCUGGAAGAACUGUCCUUAUAAUGAAGCCAGGGAUGCAUAAGAACACGACAACCCCGGAAGAUGGCACCAAGUAUUUUGUUUACCUAAUGGAAAAUACCGUUCUUAAUCUUCCUGAAGGACAAGAAAAGAUGACAUGGUUGCUAGACUUUGAUGGAUUUUCACUGAGAACUAAUAUCCCUAUCAAAACAUCGCGUGAUAUUAUUUACAUUUUACAAAACCACUAUCCAGAAAGGCUUGGUGUUGUUAUUUUUUACAAUCCACCAAGAAUCUUUGAGGCCUUCUUCAAGGCUGUGAGAUACUUCAUAGACCCCAAGACAGCACAGAAGUUGAAUUUUGUAUAUCCUAAUGAUAAGGACAGUGUGGAGCUCAUGAACUCGCUCUUCGACGUAGAAAAUCUUCCUAGUGAAUAUGGGGGAAAAGCUUCUCUAAGAUAUGAUCAUGAAGAGUUCUCAAGAUUGAUGCUUGAGGACGAUGUUAAAACUGCCCAGUUUUGGGGCCUUCAUGAGAAGCCACACCACACUAAUAAUGGUCAAUCUGGGGGAGAUGUUGCAUCAUAAUUCAUAAUCACAAUGAUGAUAUAUUUGUAUUCUAAGGAAAAUUUAGACGCAAGCUUGGAAUUUGGAAAUAAUCACAAAACUCUAGUCUAUUUUGUGAACAUCAAUUGCAAUGUAGUUGCACACCUGAGUUAGUGAAAGACAAAGUAGAAAUAUAUAACACUAGUUGUAUU